UAACAUGUUUAUUGAUUAUGUCAUAUGUCAAUAUUUGACGUAUCGCGCUGUGUUUAUGAAAUGUUCUAAAAACAUCUAAAAAAACCGUUUUAAAUAACAAAAAUAAAGAUAGUAAAAAGUUUACAUUAGAAUGAGCAAGCCGGUGCAAAAUAUGCAAGGAAGGUGUUUAAUUCAAGCAGAAAAGCAUAGUCAUUUACUUAAUCACGGGUUAUGUUCCUUAUUAGAACACCAGAGUUUAGUGGAUAUAGCUGUAUGUUGCGGGAACAACAUAUUACUAGCUCAUAAAGUCGUUUUAGCAGCUAACAGUUUGUACUUGAAGGAAAAACUCGAGCAAAAUCCGACCGUCGAGCAAGUAGUAUUUUCCGGUACAGAAUUCACUGUAAUUCGCUCAUUGAUUGAAUUCAUGUAUUGCGGUGAAACUUACAUUAGCGAAGAAUUGAUCAAGUACCUCGUAGCUUUCGGAAGAAUGCUACAAAUCGAUAUCCUGGGAAACUUAGCUAACGAUCGUAAUUUUUCAGACAAUUUUAUCGAAUUGCCACAGCCCCAGUUCCUCGUCAAGAAACCGAAAUAUCCCACAUUCCCGCUAAGCGCGCCCGGCUCGCCCUCCUCCUGCACCACGCCUUUGAAACCCGGAACGAGCAACAACGUCGUGUACAAGCCGCCCAAAAAGCGCAAGGGGCGCGACGAGGCCGAGCACCAGGCCUGCCUCAAGGAGGCCCUGGCCAGCAGGAAAGCCAUAGCUAACCUGAAGAAGGAGAUCGGGAUCACCCCGCACGCUAGCACCUUCGUUAUCGAAGACACUUGCACGGAGACGACGGUCGAAAAUUUCAUACCGAAUCCCGGCGAUACGGGCAUCGUUAAAUUAGACAUGAACGGGCAGUUGGUGCCCGUCGAUAAUCAGCAUUUCUCUUCGGAGAUGGGCAAACCGAACGUGAUCCAGUUGACGCUGCCUAACGGUGAGCAGAAUUGGACAGCGGACAAAAUUAAGCAGAUUUUAGGCAAUCAGGCUAACCCGAAUGUGGAAAUUAUAUUUAGGAAUAAUGACGGAAAUUUUGUUACAGUGACUGACGAUGUGUUACAGAACUUGCAGAAAGACGGUUUGCAAUAUCAAGUUAUAGACGAAGAAGGGAGGUUGGGAGAGGUACAAGAAUUGCAAUUUUCCAAUAGAGAACAACAGGAAAAGUGCUCAAAACCGAGCAUAGAAGAGCCAGUGCAUUUCUUCAAUCAGUCGAAACUUGGGGAACUGCAGUCGAUUAACGAUCUGCCUCACACAAUUAUUUUGCCAUUGAUGUCUAACGAGAACGAACUCAUGCGGGACGUGAAGCCCGCACAAGAUUUUGAGGUAGCGCAUUUCUUUCAAAAUCCCAAAAUCGAAGCCGAAGACGAUUGCAUCAAUAUAACUGAAAAUAUGUUGCUGGAACACAAUAAAUUCUCGCCGGAUAUUUUCUUUGCGGAAACUAGCGAUACCAGCUGUAAUAGGGAUAUCAAGAGAGAUUUGAAUUGUUAGACAAAUUAAAUGUUUAUUGUUAAGUUGUAUUGUUUGUUCCGAAAUGGAUGCAAGAGUAAGUGUAAUUGCAAAAAAAUUGAGUUGAACAUUCUUGGCAUUCUUCAUCAUUUUCUUCGGUCUGAAUGAAAUUGGUCAUGUGUUUAUGUUUUGUAGAAUUUUGUAUUGAUUGUAUAACAUUCAACUUAAGGUAAAUGAUUUUAAUUCACUCUAGAAGCUUUCAUCAAUAUUUUGUGUGUACCUCGUAAACCUCGUAGAGAAGUUUUUUAGCAAUCAUUCAAUUUUUGUUAACUGAUGAUUUGAAAUUAUUGGUUUAAGAAUAAGACUAUGCUCAAACAUUUUGGAUUGUAAUAAUUGUUACGCAGGAUAAAAUAAUUUGUUAUUAAUAUAUGGAAUUUAGAAAUAAUGUUUGAUUUUCAUUUUGUAAUUGAGGUUCGUAUUUAUUUGAGAAUAUACAUUUCUUUGCCUUUAUACAAAUGAUUGUUUUCUAGAAUUUAGUCAUACAGCUAAUUUCUUGUAGGCUUUUAAAAUGGGUAAAGUUGAUCUUAUGGGUGUGUAAGUUGCAGAAUCUGAAGUGCAUUUUCACAUUCUCUCUAAAUUACUUUUAAAAUUACAGUAUGUAAUUAGUUCAAAAAUAUGUGUUUUAUAUACCUAUAAAAAAUUAGCUGCGUAUUUAUAAUUUACAAUUUGAUAUAUUCUAGAGAUCGUAUAUCAAUAUAAAACAGAUAUACACAAAAUAGCACUUUAUUGUUCACAAUAAUAUCGAAAUAAUUUUUACAAAUAUCACUGUUGCAGAACUUUUACUUUUAAAUUCUUACAGUCUGGUUAGCGAUGAUUGUUAAUAAAAAUUCUGCAACUAUAAGUACUUUUUCGGAACUCAAAUAUUGACACUUCCACUUUUAUUGUACAAAAUACAUUCAUGAUAUAUCUAUUACAUUUGGCACAACAUCAUUUAAAAGUAUAACACACGAGUUUACAAAAAAAAUUGAAUGGGUUUUGUUCGUUAAUACGAAAAUUAAUUUUUACAAGUACAUUAUAUAAAAGUUAUUAAUUUAAUCAGGACAAUCAACAAUUAAUGUGAUUAAUGAAGUAAAUAAACCCGAUAAACGUUUUUCUAAAAGAUGAAAAAUCUCGAGAAAAACGUUUAUUACAAAUAAAGCGAACCCACUCCCCUUAAAAAAUUAACGUUCAAUUAAAAAAUAUAAAGAGAGCAUUUCAGAGAAUGCGGAAUAAUUUUCCACAGCCUUUAAAAAGGGAUAUUAAAAUAUGAGGAGCCUGCGAAUUUGUCAGUCAUCUGAAAACAGGAAUUCGCUUUCAGAUAACAGUACUUCAAGAUCAGAUUGGACGGUAUGGAUAUUGGAAUCAAUGUUGGAAUUAACAGCGUUAUCGGCGGUUUCCACCGCCGCAGCGCCGGUUUCCUUCGGAGCCGAUACGGUAGGAGGCUUCUCGGUUUCUUUCACUGUACGCACCAGCACGCCUGAUCUCGGAGCUUUGUCCAGUUUUCGAACGGCGUCCGGAACGCGCUCGAUUAUCACACUAGUCUUCUCGGGUUUCCUUAAUUUAACACUAAAUUUAAACGGAGGUUUGUACACCACUUGCAAACGAACUUUCUCUUUCUCGUUCGGAAUGUUCCCCACGCUGCGCGACUUGCUCUUGUCCGUCCGAGGUCUGAUCGUCGGGCGCUUGUGCGGGCUCCUUCUGGUCUUAUCAGUAAGUCCCACUGGCGUGGAUUUGGAUUUUGGCAAGGCGUACUGCGACUUGAGCAGCCAGUUUUGGACCUUUCCCACGGGAUCCGAUUCGGGCGUUAGAGGCGUGAUGAUCACGUCGGAUCCGGCCAGUCCCUUCUUACCGUCCAAAUCGGCUUGAAUACUGCUGUAGUCGAUUAUCUCGUUUUUCUUCUUCUUUUUGGCCGGUUUGGUCUGCGAAGGCUUCUUCACCUUGUUGCUUGGCACAUCGAAGAUUUUCGCGUCGACGGGCUUGGCCUUCACCUCUUCGGCGCCCACCGCCGCCGAUACGCGCUUCUUCUUCUUCGGCGAUAUUUUCACCUUGUUCGGGCUGUUGAGGUUGUUGUUGAUGGAUUCGAUUUUGCUCUUUCGCUUCCGCUUCGUCUUGCCGUCUCUGACUUUCCUUUUCAGGGGCAAUUUCGAGCGCACGCCCGGGUGGAUGGUCACCCCUUCGCCGUCGGGUGGCAAACGGACGGCUUCCGUUGAAGAUUUGUGGAUGACUGUCACCGAUUUCAAUUUGAAAUUCGGCUUUUUGCUCAGAUAUUUCGUGCUCACCACCUAAAUCAUACAUUUAAUUAAUCAUUUAGAAACCGAAUAAUUCUGUACAAAGAGAUUUCAUAUACAUAGUCCCCUUUUGGAACUUAUAUUUUGCAUCAAUUCAACUCUACUUUCUAGCGUAAGUUUCCAACUUUAUACAGGUGAUAACUUACUCUCGUUUCAGUCACAAAGUAUUAUCAAUAUUUUUAUCUGGUAAUAAAACAAAUCUUAUUAAUACUAUUACUCUUACAGAAAUAGUGUAGGCACAUAAAGACUUACCAAUAACGAAACUAUUGCAACUAUUAUAGCUGCUACCGCGUACCAGUAAUCUAUUAUCCAUUUUUUAAAACUGGCGAUGCUUUCCUCGGAAAGAAGGAGCUUCCGGAGCGUUGCCAAUGGUCCAGAGGGAUCUACUUCUCGGCACAUUUGGAAAACGUCGCAAUAACCUUUGAAUUAAAACAAGAUUAAUACAGUGCCAUUUACAAAAUAUGGAGUAGAUACCGAUGUAAUUGUUGCAAGGAGUUCCAGGUUUAGAGUACAUAUCUGGUAUGUCAUAGGGCAUAUCGUUCCAUUGGAAUGACGAGAGACAAGGUUGAUUAUCACCGGGGAGUUUACAGCACAACUCGCAGGCUUUCGUUUUCGGAUCCGUCUUUAACGGAAUGCAUUGACACGACUCCAAACCAUAAGCGAGGCAAAUUGAUCCGGUGCACU